GAACCCAUCACACCUACGCAGGCUGAAAAACUGGACCUUCGUAUUGCUCAUAUUGUACAUGAUUAUCUUCGGUUUCCCUUCUCCUUCAACUCUGGUCUCCUCUCUUUGCCUAUUGCACUUUUCGAUUUCGGCUUCCCUAGUAUUUCACGGUUGAAUGCUUCUGCUGCCGUGACGGGUCUCCAGCGUGACCUGAACCGUCCCAUCGAUGCCUUUCGUACCAUGGCGCGGAUCACACUCACAGACUGGUCACGCAUGCUGGAUGGUUGUCGCUACCCCUUAGCGAGAUCGUCUCAUCACCAGUCCUUUGUUCGUGCCCAUGAACGCCUCCCCUGGGCGUGGAUUUUGGCACGAGAAACCCUACUUAACGUCAAUUGCUCGAUUGUGCCCACUGAUCAGUCUCACCUGCUUGAGGGGCGCGUCAGCAUGCACCAUAUCCUAAACAGUUCUCCAUGGCUCACUUCGUCCUUCCCGAGCGCUGCCUUGCCAGCACUGACACGAAAUGGUUUCACACAGCUCUCUCACUUCGGAUCUUGGUCUGCACAAAAU